AUGCCUACAACAACCUCUUCAUCAUCUUCAAUCUCGGUCCGAACACCAAUACCUGUCAACGAAUUCCUAGGCUGCACCGAGGACCGUCCUGUCGCUACGCACACUGUCUCUGUCGGAGGGAUAGCACAUCAGUUUACGCCCGAUAGAGUACUAGCGUGCAAGGAUGACGUUGUCAAGUUUGAUUUCUUCCCUACCAACCACUCGGUCGUGAGAGCGGACUUCGACCAUCCAUGUGUCCCGUACGAAAUGGUCGGGAACAACCAGGGAGGUUUCUUCUCCGGCUUCCGUGCGACGGACAAGAUUGAAGAGAAUCCGUCCUCGUGGUUAUUAAGGGUCGACUCCAGAGACCCCGUGUUCUUCUACUGUUCUGCCCCAGGUUCCUGCAAAGACUGGGCGAUGGUGGGCGCCAUUAACCCUACCGCCCAAUACUCGCUUGCUGAGCACGCACUCAAGGCUAGGGCAGCGGAUCAAGAACUCAGUCCUGGCGAAAAGUUCCGUGACGAGGCCUCCUCUCCAACCAACACAGACGCGUCAAACGACGUCAAGGACCACCCGCAUAGUUUAUCCAAGGGAGCCAUUGCCGGGAUAACCAUAGGCGUUGUAGUCGUAGUCUUUCUAGCCGGCGGCUUCUUCUUCUACAUGGGACGAGUGAAGACUCUGAAGAAGUCAAUGGAAAGGACAAAUGCUACAGUACCACAUCCAGCAACAAGACACAUGUCAGGCGCCAGCUUGGUCUUCCCUCAUGCUCCGUUCGGCGAAGUUCCGCAAGCUCACUUCAGCGAGAGCCCUCAAUCUCGCCUCAGUGGGGUCGCUCUGUCUCACCUCAGCGCGGUCCCACAACCUCUCUUCAGCGAGACGCCGCAUGCUCGAUUCAGCGAGCUACCAGCUCCAGUUCCCGGCCUUCCGACCUACGCGGAGUCGUCUUCUGCAAGCACGGUUGGUUCAGCGAGUCCGAAGUCACCUGACAGAUACUUCAGAGGCUUUCUCCUUCGAAUUCCGUCAAACCCGCCACCACCACCACCACCUCCUCCUCCUGCUGAGUUGUGGGCACCCGUGCCGGACAGGAAGACGACGUAG